GGGCUGAGUCUAGUCUGAAGAAGCCGCCAUUUCAAACGCGGAGGAGCUUAAUGGGCUUAUAGGAAGUUUUGUACAUUUUUUUUUAUUUUUUACGAAUAUAUUUUUUAUUUUCUUAGCAAAUACGAAAUUUAUUUUAGUUUUGAAUCUACCUCGCUUGCAUCACCAACUCAAAUGGAUGCAGACACAGAAGAAAAGAUGACAGAAACUUCAAAAACUUCCAAGGAGGAAUCUGGGAAACCAGUAAUGGACAACAAAGCUAGAGGUCGUGGGUUUAGAGGCAGAGGCAGAGGAGGCAGGAUGAACCGAGGUGGCAUGCGUGGUGGGCGUGGCAUGAUGAAAGGGUUUGGACCACCUGGAAAUGAGAGGGGUCGACUGAAACAUGGGCCAAUGAAUGGAUUUGCACCCAUGAGAGGAAUGAGCAGGAUGAGACCCUACCCAGAUGUAAGAGGACAUCGAGGCAGGCCUAGACCAAUGGGCAUGGGCCCACCUCCCCCUCCCCCUCCUCCCCCACCACCCCCCAUGCACCUGAGAAGCCCAUUCCCACCUAUGCCUAGACACGGACCCCCUCCACCCCCACCUCCAGGUCAUCCUAGGUUCAGAGGGCGUCCUCCACACCCCCGAGGACGUGGUAUGCCACCCCCCGGACCACCACGCCACUUCAGCCCUCGUGGCCCUGCGGGCUACCACAAUGGACCGGUCUCUCCUCCGCCUCACCCCCCACCUGGCAGAGGCCAGAGGUGGCCAGGGCCCCCUGGUGGCCGACGCUUUUAACACAGCCUGCCCUAAAAACAAUAACAAAGCACUGUUAAUGUAGAAGGGGCCUAUCAGUGGUGCAGUAAACUAAAUGCCCCUUAAUUUUGUGUCAUACAUUCAAAGUCUCUGAGUAUCUCCAUGGCAUACUCUGUGGCCAAAUGUCUGCUUAUUGAUUUUGUCUCCUAGCAAAGAGAAUAUGUGAAACUGAGGAAACAACUUUAAACGAUGUAAAGGCAUUCUCCCAUUCUGUUUUAUAUGUUAAAGAAACACUGUUGGUACAGCAGGAACUAUUUGACAUGGUUAAGAAAAAGUUUUCCUCAAAAGGGGGGGAUUCUUGCUAAAAUUUAUCAAAUGUAAUGUGGUUCUUGUUAAAGUCACCCUGUGAGCCUUAAGAAAUGUUCCAGAUCCUUUUAUAAGAGUAAUAAAUGGGUGACAGUGCUUAUUUUAAGGUGGGGAUAAUUUAAUAAAAGAGUGCAUAACAGCCCUCAAGCACCACUCCUUUAGUUUAGCAGAUCUUGGACCUCCCUAACUUUUCCUUUUGUUACAUGGAAAUAGUUCUGUUUUAUAACCUCACCAAGCAGUGCAGCAAAUAUUGUUAACACAUUCAUAUUUUUCAAGAAAAAUACAAUAUUCCACUUGUCAAGUAUUCAUGAGUAUUUAAUUUUUUAUUAUAUAUAUCAUUAAUGUGCAGCUAUUUUAAGUUAUGAUUUUUGCUGUUUGGAACAUUCAUGGUUGUCUCCAGCAAACUUUUGUGUAAUGAUAAAAGGAAAAGGCAUUAUAAAUGAUUAAGAUAGCAAACAUAUAUUUAGUAGCUUUUAAAAAGGAAAGAAAAUUCCAUUAGCAUUUUCUUCAGUUAAGGAUAAGGAAUUACUCUUUACUGUGUUACAUUUGUUUGAAGUGUUAUAAAAUCUUAAUUCACUGUCAUUAACAUAACUUUUGUGAACCUGUGAAUGUGUUUUAUGAAAACCGUCAAUACAUAUGACGUAGUCGUGGAGAAAAAAAUAAAAUAAAAUAAAAAAUAAA